AUGUUGUGUUUUUGUAACGUUUUCUCAACCCAGUCAUCCGCCAACACCGCUGCCGCUUUAUCCUUCUCGACCACCCCGUACGGCCCCUCCUUCCGGAAAAGGCAUACAUACCCCUACCCCCCUCGAGCUGCUAACAUACCAGUCGGUGAGAACAUCUUGUCCAUAGACGAAUCCGCAUUCACUCGAGUUUUUAAAAUCUCCACCCUCAGAGUCCCGUUGGAGAACAUAGAGAGGGUGCCGACGAGGCCGGGGGACCCAGUGAGGCCGAUGCCGAGGGAGAGGGCGGAGACUCGAACGGUGGUGGGAGAGAAGGUGACGUCUGACGAACGAGGUGCAAGGGUCGACAGGCGGCGGAUGAGAAUUUCCAGUGUUGAGGAGGUUGCAUUCAGCUUUAACGGUGGAGAAGAUUCAACCGUUUUGUUGCACCUCCUUCGAGCAGGCUAUUAUUUGCAUUGCAAGAAGCUGUCUGCUGAUGAUGAUGAAAGAUCAUUUCCAAUACGAACGAUUUAUUUCGAGAGCCCGUCUACUUUCCCUGAAAUCAACUCAUUCACUUAUGACAUAGCUUCUAUCUACAAUUUGCAGAUGGAGAUAAGUCAUUUGGAUUUCAAGUCGGGCUUGGAGGCUCUUUUUAAAGCCAAACCAAUCAGAGCUAUUUUCCUCGGUGUUCGAAUUGGCGAUCCUACUGCUGUAGGGCAAGAGCAGUUUUCACCAAGCUCACCCGGUUGGCCGCCUUUCAUGAGGGUGAAUCCCAUCUUGGACUGGUCAUAUAGGUGGAUUUGCAAAUUUCAUGCCCAAAUGAUUUAUUUAUUUAUUUAUUUUUUUUUUUUUUCAGAUUUUAAAAGUAUUGUUUAUAUUCCUCUACGAAAAUUUUCUUACCUUUCACUGUUGGCAUUGCAGAGAUAUAUGGGCAUUUCUCUUGACUUGCAAAGUUCAAUACUGCUGCCUUUACGAUCAAGGCUCAGGUUUGGCACUGUUGAGGAUCGGAUGGGAUUCGUUCUUCGCAAAAAGCUCCACUCCGUAGGCUGGGCCGUUUCGCAUGUUUCUGUUACAAGAAAUGAUGUUGACUCUGUUGCAGAUGAAGUCGAGCAACAGAAGCUUACUAAUGAUGUGGUAUUCAUAUAUGGAGGAGUUGGCCCAUUGCCUUCUGAUGUCACUUUAGCUGGCGUCGCUAAAGCAUUUGGUGUUCGAACGGCCCUCGAUGAAGAGUUCGAAGAAUAUUUGAGGCAUCUCAUUGAGGAAAAGUGCACUGGAGAUAGGAAUGAGAUGGCUCAGUUGCCCGAAGGCAUCACAGAGUUGUUGCAUCACGAGAAAUUGAGUGUGCCGUUAAUCAAGUGCCGAAAUGUCAUAAUUCUAACCGCAACAAAUGCUGCUGAGCUGGAAAACGAAUGGAAAUGCUUGACGGAGUUGAUGAGCCCCGACUGGCCUUUUGUAAUUUCAGAACCUUUUUGUUCGAAGAGAGUGGCAAUAUCUCUUUCAGAUGUGGAAAUUGCCCAGCCACUUUCAGAAAUAUGUAAUAAAUUUCCAGAUCUCUACAUAGGAGCUUAUCGUGAAUCCAGGGGAGGCCCUCUAAUCGUCUCGUUUCAAGGAAAGGAUAACGAAAGGCUAAGAGCAGCUGAAGAAGCAUUCUGCAGGAGGUUUCAUCCACAAGUAGCAGUAUCUGCACUUCACUAA